AUGAAUUUAAAUUUUAAAGUGCCAACUUGGGAUUUUAUCAUGACUGAUCCAUCAAGUCCAAAAUUAUGUGGCCAAAAAGGAAGUUCAAAAAAUGGUAGUCCAAAAACAUCAAGUCCAAAAAGUGGAUCACCAAGAGCAUGCAGUCCAAAAUUAAAACAUAAAAAUAAUCAACAAUUAUUACAAAAUGACUCAAUUAAUUUAUCAAGUUCUCCAAGUUCUCCAAGUUCUCCAAGUUCUCCUCCAAUGGUUGGUAAAGUGACAGUAAAAAAAACUCAUACCAAGUCAUCUGUUGUUCCAUCAAAUAGUAAUGGUAAUAAUAGUCCAGUUUUAAAAGUUUCUCAAUAUCAAGUUCCACAAAAUGGUAGUUCACCAGUUUUAUCACCAGUUUCUUUGAUACCAAUCCAAGAUUUAAAUUCCCCAAAUGUUGGAUAUAAACUUGAACUUGAACAGAGACUCCAUAAAAGACAAUUACAAAAAAGAUUAGAAAAACAAAUCCAAGAUUCUGAAAAAGAAAAACAAGAUCAACUCCUUAUUCAACAACAACAAAUCCAACAACAACAACAACAAAUUCAACAACAACAACAACAAAUUCAAUUAUUAUUAAAUAAUCAAAAUAAUCAAAAUCAAAAUCAAAAUCAAAAUCAAAAUCAAAUUCAAAAUAAUAAUAUUAAAAAUGGUAUGAAAUUAGUUUCAAUACCUACACCACAUCCAAAUUUCAAUAACAUUAAUAAUAUUAAUAACAACAAUAAUAAUAAUAAUAAUAAUAAUAAUAGUUACAAUGGUAAUAUAGAAACCAAUACGCCAAUUUCAUUACCACCUCCAAUUUGUAACAAAUAUAAAAAUAAUUAUCCAAGUUGUGAUGUUUUAUUCAAAUCAUCACUUUCAUCAUCAUCAUCAGCAUCACCAUUCUCUUUAACACCAACCUCUCAGUCACCAAUUUUAUCAUCACCAUUAUUCCAUAAUGUACCAUCGGUAGAGUCUCAUUUUAUAAACAAUGAUAGUUUCCUCCAAUUACCACCAAUCCGAGAUGAAAUCUUUUAA